AUGUCUAUUCAUUUAUUUAAACUACAACGAUAUUUAACUCAUGUUGAUCAAUACUUUAGACAUCCGCCUGCAUUAAAUAAAUGGUAUCAAGCUUAUAGAUUAUUCAGCAAUGUAUCAUCUCCGAAUGCUCAUCGUUUGAAUACAGUUGUACCAAAAGGUUUUGAAAAAUAUUUCCCAGGUAGUGGAGGUAAAGGACCAAAACCAAAAGAUCCAGCUGGAGAUCAACGUCCACCAGUUCCACCAAAAGAACCUGCACCUGGUGGAGUACCACCGGAAGGUGGUCAACCAAAACAACCAACACCAGGUCCAAGUCCUGGUGGUCGUGGAGCACCACCUCCACCAUCAUCAGGCGGAAGUGGUGGUGGUAGUAAUAGUUGGCGUGGUUUAGAAUUUAAAAUUACACCAGGAGGUCAAAAUAAUUUUUUUAAUAAUCGUACAGCUCUUGCUGUUCUUGUUGGCGGUGGUAUUGCUGCUUAUUUUACAUAUACUAAUAGUUUAUAUAGAGAAAUAACAUGGAAAGAUUUUGUUUCAACUUAUUUACUUAAAGGAUAUGUAGAUAAACUUGAAGUUGUUAAUAAAAAAUGGGUUCGUGUCAAACUUCUUCCUGGUGCACCAGAUUCAAUACAUGAUCUAUGGUUUGCUAUUGGAUCAGUUGAUUCAUUUGAACGUAAUCUUGAAAAUGUUCAAACAGAACAUGGAAUUGAUGCUGGCGGUUAUGUACCUGUUUUAUAUAAAACUGAAGCCGAUGCAAGUACAUUAUUGAGCGCUGCAUCAUGGUUAUUACCAAUUCUUUUCUUUGUUUGGUUAUUUCGACGAGCUGGUUCUGCAAUGGGACAAAUGGGUGGAAUGGGAGGAAAAGGAUCUGGUGGAAUGUUUGGUAUGGGAAACACAACAGCAAGAAUCGUUAAAGAGAAUGUUGGUACAUCAUUUAAAGAUGUAGCUGGAUGUGAAGAAGCUAAAAUUGAAAUUAUGGAAUUUGUAAACUUUUUAAAAAAUCCGCAACAAUAUCUUGACCUUGGAGCUAAAAUUCCUAAAGGAGCUAUUCUUACUGGACCACCAGGCACAGGAAAGACAUUAUUAGCAAAAGCAACAGCUGGUGAAGCUGGUGUUCCAUUUAUCACUGUUUCUGGUUCAGAAUUCCUUGAAAUGUUUGUUGGUGUUGGUCCAUCUCGAGUUCGUGAUAUGUUUGCAUUAGCACGUAAAAAUUCUCCAUGUAUUUUAUUUAUCGAUGAAAUUGAUGCUAUUGGACGAAAACGAGGUGGUCGUUCAAUGGGUGGACAUAGUGAACAAGAAAAUACUUUAAAUCAGCUUUUAGUUGAAUUAGAUGGUUUUGCACCGCAACAAAAUGUUAUUGUUUUAGCAGCAACAAAUCGAAUGGAUAUACUUGAUUCAGCUUUAUUACGUCCUGGUAGAUUUGAUCGACAAGUAUUCGUUGGUUUACCGGAUAUUAAAGGACGUGCUAGUGUAUUUAAAGUACAUUUACAACGUUUAAAAACUUCAUUAGAUAAAGACGCUUUAGCAAGAAAAUUAUCAGCAAGAACACCCGGAUUUUCAGGUGCCGAUGUUUCAAAUGUUUGUAAUGAAGCAGCACUUAUUGCUGCACGAGAUUUAAAUACUGAAAUUGAAUUGAAACAUUUCGAAGCCGCUAUUGAUCGAGUUAUUGCUGGUAUGGAAAAGAAAUCUCAAGUCUUACAACCAGAAGAAAAAAAACAAGUUGCAUAUCAUGAAGCUGGCCAUGCCGUAUGUGGUUGGUUUUUACAACAUGCUGAUCCUAUUCUUAAAGUAUCAAUUAUUCCUCGUGGUAAAGCACUUGGUUAUGCUCAAUAUAUGCCUAAGGAACAAUAUCUUUAUACCAAAGACCAAUUAUUUGAUCGAAUGUGUGUUAUGCUUGGUGGUCGUGUUGCUGAAAUAAUAUUUUUUAAUCGGAUAUCAACAGGUGCACAAGAUGAUUUACAAAAAAUAACUCAAUCAGCUUAUUCACAAGUUGUACGUUUUGGUAUGUCAGAUAAAGUUGGCUACGUAUCAUUUGAUAUGCCACAACAAGGUGAUAUGGUUUUUGAUAAACCAUAUUCCGAAGCAACUGCACAAUUGAUUGAUGAUGAAGUUCGAGGAAUAAUUAAACGUGCUUUUGAUUUUACACUUGAAUUAUUAACAUCAAAAAAAGAGUUAAUUGAUAAAGUUGCAUUACGAUUAUUAGAAAAUGAAAUUUUAUCACGUGAUGAUAUGAUUGAAUUAGUUGGACCACGACCAUUUAAAGAAAAAACGACUUAUGAAGAAUUUGUUGAAGGAACAGGUUCAUUGGAAGAAGAUACAUCAUUACCAAAAGGCUUACAAGAUUGGAAUAAAGAUCGACAAAAGGAAAAAGAUGCUAAAGACGCUAAAGAAAAACAAAAAGCAUCGAACUGA